AUGGACAACCCUUGGAAUCUAACUUCCGCUGCACAGCUCGGCACUGUGAAGAUACAUCAACUUAGACAGCUGCGCUUUACAAGCUUGCAAGGAAAGCUUAAGACACACUCAGUUGACCAGGGCAAUAUCAACCGUCUUAAGCAUCGAUUUAAGAAAGAGGGCUGUCAGCGCUCAGCUCCGCCAAAUUAUAUCAACGCAUUGGUGUCAAGAGACCAGUAUCGCGAAAUUCUUACAAUGAAUUCUCUUUCAGCGAUUGGCUCGGAUAUUCCUGCCAUCAUAUUAGCUCCAAACUGCUUCUUGGACUGUACAAGAGGAAGACAUCGAAUCGCAGCAGCAAGUUCAUGGUUGCCACCAGAUGAUAUUUGGUGGAAUGUGACCCUGUAUGAUAACUCAAAACUUGAUGAUCAAGCGAGGAGGAUUUUAUAUGAGUUUAGAGACAGCUCACGAGUCUUAUCUGACGGAGAGAUAUUCUUCAAUGUCCGCUACUACCAGAAAUGUCAAAAUGAUGCUGCUGCCGGGGAGUGGCUAGCAAAAUGGUCACCAACUAAAUGUCGAGACUUCCGUCAGAUCUACCGAGACAAAGGAUCGCCUUAUAAAAGAUUCCAGAAAAGUCUAGACGAACUUCUUGAUUUUCCUGGCAUCUGGCAACCCUGGUUAAUGGGUACCCAUCUCCUGAGUAUGCAAUGUCCUGAGGAACUAUCUAAUUAUUUGGAUCAUAUCUAUCGGUCAUUGCAUGUUUUGACAUGCGGACACCAUAGCGAUCUUGAUUUAGAGACAAUUCAACUUCUUGAAGGAAGAUGCCCUCAAUGGUCCGACGGUGAUUGUUGGUAUAUAAAUGAAAUAUUUAACAAUGGGAGAGCAUUUUCUCAUAUUACAGAUGCUCAGGCUCGGUCUCAAUUACACCAGGCAGCCCUCGCUUUUAAGGGCAUUGUUCCCUCGCUCAAAACCUUCCUUGAAAAUACCAAGUACAUUAAGCCCGUAAUGCAGGUUAUGAAAAAGUUCCUUCCAUCAAAUUUCGCGGGCACCAUUCAAGAAGCAAUGAGGGCAUGUUACAUUGCUUCUAGUGAAGAUCCCCUGCCGAUCCAGAUCACAGAGAACGAUUUUGCCUAUAAUCCAAUUGAGGAUAGAAGUACAAGAUUCUGGUCUGCAUACCGACAAAUGUUCUUGUUCGCCACCCGCAAUUUCUACGGGCUUUCAGAGCAUCGGCCAAUGGGCGUCCACAAGCAUUCCCGGAAGCCAGCAGACUACCACGAAUUAUGGGCUCGGUUCAAAGACCUCGCUAACAGAGUUGGCUUUGCAUCGUCCGCGAACGAUUCAGCGAGAUCUUCCGAGUAUACCGCGGUGCAUUCUUUGCUAUUGCGACUCAGACCACCCACUCUCUUUGAAUACGAUGAAACUAUCCUGUCAUCGUGCACUGAGCAGGUCGCUAGAGUGUUGAAUGGUAUUGGCAGGAAACCAGUAGCAGUGUCUCGUCCAUACCAUAGCACAGACUCGCGUACACCGUGGUCAAUCGAGAGACGAUGCGGGAUGACCGAUGCUGAUUCCUAUUUUGCUGAUCAGAAAUACCUCUUCCUGAAUCAGAUUUAUACUUUACAGAACGACGAGAGACGUGAACAUCCGACAGACUUUGAAGUGAAACGUGACAUGUUUAUUGCCUUUUUCCCGGAGCCAGACGAUUUA